GUCUGACCACCACUUGACUUCUUCUCCCAUCCUGUCCUACUCAACAUCCUACUCAUCUCUACACAAUCAUCUCGCCACCAUGUCCAGCAAUUCUAGCACCUUCACCAAUAGCUCGUACACCUUCAGCUCCAGCAGCAGCUCCAACGACGGCCAGACAACAGGCGCUACCCGUUCCACCGUCUCGCACACAAACCAUGAUGGCACCUCUGUCCGCACUACCCAGCAAAACCUUGGUGGCCCCACGAUAGAAGAGACAAGACACUACGACAGCCAGGGUCGCGAGCAGCUGGGCAUGCCUCAACAGUCAACCAACCAGCGUCGUCUCCAAGAGAACGAGGUCGAAGACGUGACCGAGGAGUCUGAUGCAGACAAGAAGUACCGCGAGGCCAUGGAGGACGAGUACGCAAAGCGCGAAGGUGGUGCAUAGACUACUCGGCCCGCUUCACACUAUCCGCUCCUCUAUUCCACGAUCCAGAGACGACGACCUGAGACCCACACGGAUGUCAAGAC